UCUCUAAAUGGAGCAAACUGAGGACGGUGGAAUGUAAAGAUUUAAGUAUUACAUAUCGUUUCUUCGUGUUGAAGGCCUGGGAGGGUGAAGUCAAGUUAUUUUUGUGUAGUUAUUUGAAUCUCGUUUAUGUCAUACGCAUGUGCAAUAUGAUCAAAGGGAUGAAAUUCAGCAGCUCAGCGCUAACUAAUCUCAACUAAGUCACGCAAUUUCCAGGGCAACUCUUGAAUGAAAGUAUCAUUAGCAUCUCUCCAAUGCUUAGGAUUUUCCCCAUUAUCCAAUGAUGUACCAUAAAUGAAGGAGAGAGGCUUGUAUAUCUGAUUUUUGUCAUCCUUUAAAACCAUGGGUAAAAACUAUGAAAUACUGGAAAGUGUUUGCUGUGCUAACUUUCCUUCAGCUAAUCUUAGGGAUAACUAUCACUGUACUGGCUAUCAGAGCAUCAGAUUUUUCAACAUCUCUUGGAGCCAAAGAUCUUCCACUGUGGGCAUCUGGGCCUCUUGUUGUGUCUGGCUGUAUUGGAGUUUUGUUUGUAUUGGGAUGUCGGAACAGCUUUUCUGAGAAUACUUCUGUUUUUGUGAUAAAGGGCAUUAGCUACCUCACGUCCUGCUUGAGUGUAGUUUUGUGCUUCGUGGCAGCUACCUUCAAUAGCAUUCAUGUGGUACUCUAUCUUGAGAAUUUCUACUCUUGCACAGACAGUGAGAACCACUCUGCCUGUGUUUGUUUGAGAGGAACUCAACCACUACACAUUGUUUAUACUUAUGAAGACAUUUCUUGUGAGGGUGUGUUUAAUGGUCUUUACAAUGUUUUUAUUGUUUUAGCAGUGUUAAACAGUUUAGGUGGGCUUACCUGCCUGUGUUAUGUAAUCUUGUUGUGGAGUACUCGCUAUAAUUAUAUUUAUGGUGGUGUGACUGGGAGUGAUUGUAAUGAACUUGCUUAAAAUAUAUGAUGAAAAUGUAGCUCUGCAGGCAGUAAACAUAAUGAAAUAGCUUUGAGAAAUGUUUUUAGUUUCAGUAAAGAAAUAUUUUAACAUUUGACAUGGCAAACCCAGUAGAAUUUUGUGACUACACAAUUUUGGAAUGUAAGUUAUAACUUAUUUUAAAAGAUUUUUUGUUUGAUAUGUUUCAUCAAUACAUAUUUCCUGGUUACUUUCCUCUAAGAGCUUGAAUGUAUAUACAUAUACAUUGAGCAUUACCUAGUUAAAUCAACAUUGUCAAUACAUUGAGCAAUAUUUGUGUAAGUUUAAUAUUUAUUUGUACUAUUAUUGUUAAGUUGUUUAUCUUUCUUCAUUAUUUCUCAUCUUUAGACUUAGUAAAUUUUCAUUUUUAAAAAGUGGUAAAAAUACCUCCUAUUGAUUAUGUAUUUAAAGAAGAGCUUGGGUCUGGAGCAUUUUGGAAACUCUAUUUUUUCUUUGCAUGCAGUAUUUGUUGAAUCUUGAGCAACAUCUUAAUGUAAGAUGUGAAAAUGAUGGUAUAUUAAGAAGCAUGAAGUUUAUUGUCAGUUUUCUCUAUUUCUGCUCACUAAUAAGUUGCACAUCCACAUUGCUCAUUUUCUCCAAAGUCUUUUUGUGGUUAUAAUUCAGGUUCAUUAAGGUAUUGGUACAAGCCUUAGAAUUAAUUUGAGGCAUCAUGGAAAAUGUUUAGAGAUGCUUCUUUAAAGUUUUGUUUGUUCUUCUAUAAAGGUAAAUGUCACAUGUUGGAGAAUGAGAGCAUUUAAAAAUUUAUAUUUAUUCUCUCAAUUGAGUAGACUAAUUGGCUGUAAUAUUUUUGUUUUUAUUAGCCAUUAAUACAUGUUGAAUUUAUCAGCUUAUUGUGUGAAGUUAACUUGUCUAGCUAUCUUCAAUUACAAGUAAAAUCCACAAUAUAUGAAACAUUAAUAUGGACAAUUUUGUCAUGUUUGUGGUAUUCAGUUUAAACUUGAGACAGUGAAGCAAAAAUAUGGAAUUCAGUAUUAUAAUUUAAACUCAAAUAUGUUAACCCCCUUCCGUGUUGACUUCAUGAAAGUAUUUAUUUAAAAACUUGUUUUAAAAACCAUUUGUGCCUUGAUGCCAAAAUUUAUCUAUAUAAUAAAAAAA